UUUAUCUGAUAAGGGGAGAAAGGAAGGAUCAGUUUUGUUGUUGCAGAAAGAAAAUUCAAUCGUUCCAAUGGCCUCACAAACCCUAAUCAGCCAAAACCCUAGCUUUCUUCAUUCUACUCAUCCCUCUCCCCCCUUCCGCUCAAUCUCUCUUAUCAGAACCGCCCUCAAUUUCUCCGCCUUCUCAUCCGCACAACGUUUUUCUCUCAAGAAAAUCUCAAACCAUGUUCUCUCCGCCGCCAAUUCCAAGCCUCUCGUCGUUCGUUCUUCUUCCUCCUCACCAUCAUCAUCUCCUCCUACACUUCUCCCACCAGAAUAUAACCUCCCGACUUCUCCGUCAGUGGUUGCCAGUUCAACUCGCACAAUCGCCGCCAUAUUCGCACUCGCCGUAUCUGCGUCGAGGAUUAUCGCAUCUAGAAUCAGCAACCAAUUCAAGAGCGUCUGUAUCAUCCCUACAACCGACGAGCUAGACGCAAUUAAGAACCUCCAAAGAAACGUUGUAUGCGCAGUCGGACCUCUCUUCUUCGCGGCGAUAAGGAAUCAAUCUAGCGUAGGGAUAAAUACGCCGCUGACGGUGGUCGCGGCAGGAAUGGCAAAGUGGCUGGAUAUAUACAGUGGGGUGUUGAUGGUGAGGGUUUUGCUCAGUUGGUUCCCCAAUAUUCCGUGGGAUAGACAACCCUUAUCUGCUAUACGUGACUUGUGUGAUCCGUAUCUGAAUCUAUUCCGUAAUAUCAUCCCGCCUAUAUUCGACACGCUAGAUGUUAGCCCCCUUCUCGCUUUCGCACUCUUGGGUACUUUCGGUUCCAUACUCAAUAGCAGCAGGGGAUCGGUUUAAAGCAGAGAGAUUUAUUGUUAUUAUUAUUCAUCCCUUUUCUUUUCUUUUCUUUUUUAAACUUCUUUCUUUUUGAAUUCCUUAGUUUGUUGAGUUUGACAAUUCCAUGUGGCUGCUACUCAUGUUGAAGAUGAUAAUAUUUUGUUUA